UCACUCUCACUCACAGCCAGUCUAUAUGCCAGUUUGGAAAUAUUCUCUCUAAAUCCAAUUAAUGCUGCCAUUCACAUUUAACACCUCUGGCAGCAUCUAGCAUUCAUUAAUUCAUUGAGCUUGUGACUAAGUUCAUUAAUCCUUUCACUCCUUUCAUAUAUUAAAACCCCUCCCAUUCCAUUUUAUUUCCCUCUGGUUUUCAUCUUCUGAUAUAUCAACUUCACCAGAUCGUGCACUUAGAAGUUCAUCACUUUAUCAUCAAGAAUGAUGCAAGACUCAAUUGGGAUCCCUGCUUGCUUUUCUUCUUCAGCAGAGAAGCAGCAUAGCCACCACGAUCAUGAUCAUGGAGCUGUGACCCGUUCUGGUCAGAGCGUGUACAUGUCUGUGUAUAGAACAAAGGUUGCUGAUCACUGCCGUUUGAUCACCAUUACAUGGUGCAAAAACCUCUUGCUUCAUGGGCUUUCGGUGUCAGUGGAAGGCCCAGAAGGAGAAGAACAGUACUACACCUGCAAGGUCGAGCUGAAGCCAUGGUACUUUUGGAGGAAACAAGGUUCCAAGCGCUUCAUAGUAGAUGGCAAAGCCGUUGACAUUUUCUGGGACCUUAAAGCUGCAAAAUUUAACGGAGAAACAGAACCAACCUCGGAGUACUAUGUGGCAGUGGUUUGUGAUGAAGAGGUUGUUCUUCUUCUCGGUGAUCUAAAGAAAGAGGCAUACCGAAGGACGGGGUGUAGGCCAGCACUCAUUGACCCCAUUUUGGUUUCAAAGAAAGAACACAUUUUUGGCAAGAAGAAGUUCUCCACUAGAGCCAAGUUUCACGAGAAGGGUAGGUGGCAUGAGAUUUCGAUUGAGUGCAAGAACAAGGGAAAUAAUAAUUAUAAUGUGGAUUCUUUAAAUGGGGUUCAGCCAGAGAUGGAGAUAAGGAUUGAUGGGCACUUGGUGAUUCAUGUGAAGCACUUGCAAUGGAAGUUUAGAGGCAACGAAUCAAUUCAUCUCAGCAAAAUGAGAGUAGAGAUGCAGAUUGAGAUUGGGUUUGGAUUGAGAAAGCAAGUGGGGCCAAACAGUGGCUUUGGGAGUUAGUUACAGCUGGGGUUGUGCAAAUGCGCAUAAGUGUGGACAAGACAGAUUGUAUCACAUUCACAAUCACACACAUGCCCAAUAAUGCCUCCAUCUAGAGGCAUCUACAUUUUACCCACAUUGGAAAAUGCUCUUUCUUGAUCCAAUAUUGGUAAGCGAGCUGUAUAUGUUUCUUCCAAAAUCUAUAAACCAACCAAAGGUACAUGUUACCUAAAUUUUGUAUCACACAAAAUAUAUAUAUAUAUAUGCACAAGAUUACUGAACUGAAUGUUUGUAUUUGCCCAUAAAAAUUAUGUUCAUGCAUGUGGUGGAAAAUGAUAUAUAUACCCCGGAAAGGAAGGAUGGGUGUUUGGUGAUGAUGUAGAAACAAGAGUGCAAUAAUCGAUGUAUGUGCACCUCACGCAUAUUAAUACA